GUGGGAAAGGCGAGAGUACAUCCUUUAUUUUCGGCGAGGACGGUUUUGGAGAUGCAGAAGGCAUUCCUGAUCCAGACUUGAGCAGAAUACAAGAGGARCACGCCGUUAAUGCCAUCAUCAGACUAGCAAGGCAACACCCUGGAGAGAUAACUCUUGCAGCAGUCGCUCCAGUGAAAAAUCUAGCUCUGGCAUGCCGUAUGGAUCCAACAUUGCCACAGAAUCUAAAGAGAGUGGUGAUAAUGGGAGGAAAUGAUGAAGGAAGUCCUGCCGAGUUUAACUUCAAGAACGAUGUUGAAUCAGCAGCUAUUUGCCUCAAGGAGCUCACUUGCCCAGUUUACCUAGCAACAUUUGAAGCUUGUUUCCGUCAUUCUUGGAGCUGGGAGUUCUAUGACGACACCACAGGCCAGGGUACAGAGAAAGCUAAUUUCUUUAGGAAGAUAGAUAGCAAAUCUUGUGAUUAUUACAAGAAUCAAGGGCAAGAUUACGUUCCCUGUGAUUUGCUGGCAAUGGCUGUCGCUGUCAAGCCCGACRUAGUCGAGGAAGAAACCCGUGUUCACGCUACUGUGAAGCUGAAUGGAGAAAACAGGGGGCAAAUGGUUUAUGAUGGGGAAGAAUUACCCAACCUGAUAGUGGUGAAGCGGUGUAAUAUGGAGGCUUAUAAACAGCUUGCUUCGAAUUCUCUAAAAUAG